AUGGCUCUGUUUCAAACUUUGGAGACCCCUGUGGUCACAUACGAGCAGCCCUUGGGGCUAUUCAUCAACAAUGAGUUCGUAAAGGGCGUGGAUGGAAAGACCUUUGAAACCAUCAACCCUCAUAACGAGAAAACCAUUGUUGCCGUUCAUGAAGGCACAGAAAAAGACGUCGACAUCGCAGUCAAAGUCGCUCGCAAUGCACUCAAUGGAGAGUGGAAGGAUGUCACUCCCUCUGAGCGCGGUCGUCUCUUGACUCGCCUGGCAGACUUCCUAGAGCGCGACAUUGAGACAUUGGCCGCGAUCGAAGCACUCGACAAUGGAAAGGGAUUCACAAUGGCAAAGGGCGACGUUAAUGCGUCUGCCGGAUGCCUCCGUUACUACGGUGGCUGGGCAGACAAGAUCUACGGCCAGACAAUCGACACCGAUGCCAACAGUUUGACAUACACACGCCAUGAGCCUGUCGGUGUCUGUGGUCAAAUUAUUCCAUGGAACUUCCCUUUGCUGAUGUUCGCAUGGAAGAUUGGCCCUGCUCUCGCUACUGGCAAUACAAUUGUUAUGAAGACGGCUGAACAAACGCCUCUUUCCGCACUCUAUGUUGCCAAACUCAUCAAAGAAGCGGGAUUCCCUCCCGGUGUGGUGAAUGUCAUUUCAGGCUUUGGGAGAACUGCCGGUGCUGCAAUUGCUGCUCAUAUGGAUAUCGACAAGGUUGCCUUUACUGGGUCGACUUUGGUCGGACGGCAAAUCAUGAAAUCUGCAGCAGACAGUAACUUGAAGAAAGUGACUCUCGAGCUUGGAGGCAAAUCGCCAAAUAUCAUUCUUCCAGACGCAAACCUCGAAGACGCAAUUGAGUGGGUCAAUCUUGGAAUAUUCUUCAACCACGGACAAUGCUGUUGCGCUGGAUCUCGCAUCCUUGUUCACGAAGCUGUCUAUGAUGAAUUCCUCGAGCUUUUCAAGAAGCGCGCUGAGCAGAAUAAGGUCGGAGAUCCUUUCCACACUGAGACUUUCCAAGGUCCCCAGGUGUCGCAGAUUCAAUAUGACCGGAUCAUGAGUUAUAUUGAAGAUGGAAAGGGUGCCGGCGCAAAGGUCAUCACUGGAGGAGAUCGACAUGGCACCGAGGGAUACUAUAUCCAACCGACAAUUUUUGCAGAUGUUCAUGAUGAGAUGAAGAUCGUGAGAGAAGAGAUCUUUGGGCCUGUUUGCACCGUGCAGAAGGUCCACAGCGAAGAAGAAGCCAUUCAGGUGGCUAAUUCGACAAAUUACGGCCUCGCUGCGGCGGUGCACACCACAAACAUCAAUACCGCAAUUAGAGUCUCGAAUGCUGUUAAAGCUGGAACUGUUUGGGUCAACAAUUACAACACUCUCCACUACCAGAUGCCGUUUGGUGGCUUCAAGGAAUCCGGAUUGGGCCGCGAACUGGGCUCGUAUGCUCUGGAGAACUACACGGAGGUUAAGACGGUGCGGGUGCACCUUUCUCGGUCUUAA